UUAGUUUCUUCGCCAUGUAUACAAUCAGCAAAAAAUUCUGGCACGAUCACAAUUCUUACCAAUAAUCAAACUCUUAAUGAUAUGGCAUUGGCUGGUGCAGAUGUAUCAUUUGGAGCAUUUGAAGCGAAACCAACUGAUCAAAAAUCUAUUUCUAUUGCAACAGCAUCAGAUCCAGGAAUUCUCAAUAGGGUUGAAUGGUUAAAAUUUUAUUCAACAUUUUUUAAUGCAGAAUCAAAAGCUAAUGAAGUUUAUGGAAAAAUAAAAACAAAUUAUGAAUGUUUAAAAAAUUUGGCAAAUAAAAAUGCAAAAUCAGAAAAACCCAUCGUUGCUUGGAUAAUUUUUGAUGCCCCAUCAGAUUUUAAUCAAAAUACUCCUUCAUGGAAGAUAGCCGAUGCGGUAUUUAAGAAACAAUUAACUGAAGAUGCUGGUGGAUCCUAUUUUAAUGCUACUCCUUUAUCUUACGCCACUUCAGCCGAUUUCCUUAAAGCAAUUCAAAAUGUUGAUAUUGUAAUCGAUGAAACUUUUA